UUUUUUUAUGAAGAUGAACAGAAAAAUUUGCAUAAUAAGCAAAGGAUCAAAGUUUAUAAUCCAAUGAAGAACGUCCUAACUCAAAUUACUAAUCCAGAAAUUGUUCUUGUAACAGUGACAAACCGAAAGAAUUAUUAUAAAUUAAAGCCCUUAAAGAAAAUGGUAAUUGAUGAUGUAGUCAAAGUAGUUAAUUCCCUGACAACCUUAACAUAUAAAAAUUAUAAUGAUCGACAGAGAGAAGUAUUCAUCAACAGAAUGAUUGGAUCUGCCCAACAGAGGGGAUUG